CGCUGCUCGUGCGGCUCCGGCGCGGGGGAAGGCAGCGCGGCUGCGGGCGCCGCUCCCGGCCAGGCAUCGCGCGGGCUCCGCCGGGGAAGGCGUCGGCUCGGCCCGGCCUCGUCGUUCCGCCAUGGCCCCCGCCGGCCCGGCCCCGCCGGCCCCCGGCGCACCUGUGCGCGGCCCCCGCCGCCGCCCCGCCCGCGGGGCCUGAGCCGGGGAAGGGAUUUACGGCGAGGAGGCAGCGGGCUCCGGGCACUGGGACUAGCUGCAUCGCUGCAGGCUCGGGACGGCGUCCGCCCCCGCGAGGAAUCCACUACAUGAAAAGCUGUUGUGAAUCAAAAUGGUCACUACCUAGAAGUCUGCUGCUACAGGAAUAACUAGCAAGCAAUGCAGUGUUUGGAGAUGACAACCAAAAGAAAAAUCAUCGGCCGCCUGGUGCCAUGCCGAUGUUUCCGGGGUGAAGAGGAAACCAUCUCGGUGCUAGAUUACUCCCACUGUGGUCUACAGCAGGUGCCAAAGGAGGUUUUUAAUUUUGAACGGACACUGGAAGAACUUUAUCUCGAUGCCAAUCAAAUUGAAGAGCUACCUAAGCAAUUGUUCAACUGUCAAGCUCUACGCAAAUUGAGUAUACCAGACAAUGACCUUUCAAGCCUGCCAACCACUAUUGCUAGUUUAGUAAAUCUCAGAGAACUUGACAUCAGUAAAAAUGGAGUUCAAGAUUUUCCAGAAAAUAUAAAGUGUUGUAAGUGUUUAACAAUUAUUGAAGCCAGUGUCAAUCCAGUUUCUAAGCUACCAGAUGGCUUUACACAGCUUUUAAACUUGACUCAGCUCUACCUAAAUGAUGCCUUUCUGGAGUUUCUUCCUGCUAACUUUGGAAGACUUGUCAAAUUACGUAUCUUGGAGUUAAGAGAAAAUCACUUGAAAACUCUACCAAAGUCAAUGCACAAACUGAUGCAGUUGGAGAGGCUUGACCUAGGCAAUAAUGAAUUCUCUGAACUGCCAGAGGUUCUAGAUCAAAUACAAAAUCUAAGGGAACUGUGGAUGGACAGUAAUUCACUUCAAAUAAUGCCUGGGUCUAUAGGGAAGUUAAAACAGCUGGUAUACCUGGAUAUGUCAAAAAACAGGAUAGAGUCUAUUGACUUGGACGUAUCAGGAUGUGAAGCACUUGAAGACCUACUCUUGUCAUCUAACAUGUUACAACAGCUCCCAGAUUCUAUAGGAUUAUUGAAAAGGCUUACAACUCUAAAAGUAGAUGACAAUCAGCUUACAAUACUGCCUAAUGCAAUUGGAAAUUUAUCUCUGUUAGAAGAAUUUGACUGCAGCUGUAAUGAAUUGGAGUCUCUGCCUUCUACCAUUGGCUACCUUCACAGUUUGCGAACGUUAGCUGUGGAUGAGAAUUUUCUGACUGAAUUGCCCAGAGAAAUUGGAAGCUGUAAAAACGUAACUGUUAUGUCUCUGCGCUCUAACAAGCUCGAAUUCCUUCCUGAUGAGAUUGGCCAGAUGCAGAAACUGAGAGUGUUAAAUUUAAGUGAUAACAGACUGAAGAACUUACCGUUCACUUUUACUAAGCUUAAAGAACUUGCAGCUUUGUGGCUGUCUGACAACCAGUCUAAGGCCCUUAUCCCUUUACAAACCGAGGCUCAUCCAGAAACAAAGCAAAGAGUACUGACUAACUAUAUGUUUCCCCAGCAACCCCGUGGUGAUGAAGAUUUCCAAUCGGACAGUGAUAGUUUUAACCCUACUUUGUGGGAGGAGCAACGGCAGCAGCGUAUGACUGUAGCCUUUGAAUUUGAAGAAAAAAAGGAAGAGGAAGACAAUGCAGGGAAAGUUAAGGUUGAAAUAAAUCUAAAACGUUAUCCAACCCCAUACCCAGAAGAUUUAAAGAAUAUGGUAAAAUCAGUUCAAAAUAUGGUGGGCAAAACAAGUCAUGGAGUACGGCCUGAAAACUCGACACCAACUACCAACCCUGAGCAAAGCAUGAAAGAAAAAUAUGAGCACAAGUGGCCCAUGGCACCAAAGGAGAUUUCAGUGGAGGAUUCGUUUGGACACCCUAAUGAUAUGAGGAUAGGGGAACUUCGCCCUUCAAUUGCUGAGACUCCUUUGUACCAACCUAAACUUGUUCUUCUGGGUAAAGAAAAAAAAGAAUCAACAGAUGAGUCUGAAGCAGAUAAGAUCCAUUGUCUGAAUAACAGCGUUUCCUCAGGCACUUACUCAGACUAUUCGCCAUCCCAGGCUUCCUCAGGGUCCUCUAAUGCUCGUGUUAAAAUGGGAUCCUUGCAGUCAACAGCUAAAGAGACAGUGAAUAAUGCUUUGUGGAGUAACAGACUUGCACAGUCGUUUCCACAGCCUCUUGAAACAAAGCCAUUACUCAGCCAGCGAGAGUCUGCUCCAGCAGGAAACCUGCAGCAACGCAAUGAUCGGCGACCAAUGAGUGACACAUUCCCUGAUAGCUGGAAUGAUGGUUCACAUUAUGACAACACAGGGUUUGUUGCAGAGGAGAGCACAAUGGAAAAUUCUGGCACUAACCCUCUCUUAAGCUCUAAAUCUAGAAGCACAUCUGCUCAUGGACGCAGGCCUUUAAUUAGACAGGACAGGAUAGUUGGCAUUCCCCUGGAACUUGAACAACCUACACUCAGAAACACACCUGACUCAGAAGUGCCUCCUCCCAAUCCUUGGCAAAAUUGGACCAGAACUCCUAGUCCUUUUGAAGACAGGACAGCUUUUCCUUCUAAAUUGGAGAGCACCCCCACCACCAGCCCUUUGCCUGAAAGGAAAGAUCACAUUAAAGAAUCUCCUGAAAUAACUAGCACUUUUUCUCCAGGAAUACCAUGGGAAUAUCACGAUUCAAAUGCUAACAGAAGUCUUAGUAAUGUCUUUUCACAUAUUCAUUGUCGUCCAGAGCCUUCUAAAAGCAUUAUUUCAAUCAGCAAGAGUACAGAGAGGCUUUCUCCAAUGAUGAGAGAAUUAAAAACUAAUAAAUUUAAGAAGUCACAGAGUAUUGAUGAGAUAGACAUUGGUGCAUAUAAGGUUUAUAAUAUACCAUUAGAGAACUAUGCAUCCAGUAAUGAUGCUACCGGCAUGCAUGAAAGACCAGACAAAAUGAUAGGACAGGAACAUUGUAUGUCUAGUAUGUCUCGUAGCCAGUCGGUACCAAUGCUAGAUGAUGAGUUGCUGAAUUAUGGAAGUGUGAAGGUACAGCAGCAGCAAAAGCCUUCUGUGACAAAAAAAGUGUAUCAGUUUGACCAAAGCUUCAAUCCUCAAGGAGCCGUGGAAGUUAAAGCAGAAAAGAGGCUACCACCACCAUUUCAACACAAUCCUGAAUAUGUUCCCCAGCAAAGUAAAAACAUUACCCAGGAUUUGAUUAGUCCGAGAGCUUAUAGAGGAUACCCCCCCAUGGAGCACAUGUUUUCAUUCUCCCAGCCUUCAGUUAAUGAGGAGGUUGUGAACGCUCAGUUCUCAAGCCAGGGGUCAAGGUCAGGAUUUUUGAGAAGAGCAGAUUCAUUGGCAAGCUCCACUGAAAUGUCAAUGUUUAGAAGAGUCAGUGAACCUCAUGAACUGCCUCAGAGUGAUAGGUAUAGCAGACCUCAGUAUAGAGGAGCUAUGGAACGCCAAAGCAGCAUCUCAGUGUCUGAAUCUCAGUUCCUCAAAAGGAAUGGCAGGUAUGAAGAUGAACACCCUUCAUAUCAAGAAGUGAAAGCCCAGUCUGGAAGUUUUCCAGUUAAAAACCUUACCCAAAGGAGGCCAUUGUCUGCAAGAAGCUACAGUACAGAGAGUUAUGGUACAUCCCAAACCAGGCCAGUUUCAGCUAGGCCUACAAUGGCAGCUCUAUUGGAAAAGAUACCAUCUGACUAUAACUUGGGUAACUAUGGUGACAAGCCGUCAGAUAACAGUGAUAUAAAGACAAGGCCCACCCCUGUGAAGGGAAAUGAGAGCUGUGCUAAAAUGCCUGCUGACUGGAGACAACAGCUACUUAGACAUAUAGAAGCUAGAAGGUUAGACAGGACCGCUGCUUACAAACACAACACUGUUAACCUUGGCAUGCUGCACUCUGGAGGUUUGUCAGCAAUGCAUGCAGGCAGAAGCAUGACUUUAAACUUGCAGACUAAAUCUAAAUUUGAAAACCAAAUGCAUCAAGAGCUACCUCUACCGAAAACCCCAUCGCAGCAAAGCAACAUCCUAGACAAUGGACAAGAAGAUAUUUCUGCUAGUAGCCAAUGGAAUCCGUACCCACUUGGAAGACGGGAUGUGCCACCAGAAACUAUCACUAAAAAAGCAGGUAGCCAUAUCCAGACUUUGAUGGGAUCACAAAGUCUACAGCAUCGGAGCCGAGAGCAGCAGUAUGAGGGAAACAUGAAUAAAGUGACUAUUCAGCAGUUUCAGCCACCACUGCCUAUUCAAAUCCCUUCUUCACAGAGCUCUCGGGCACCUCAGGCAGGACGGUGCUUAAUCCAAACCAAGGGGCAAAGAAGUACAGAUGGUUAUCAGGAACAGUUUUGUGUGAGAAUAGAAAAGAAUCCUGGCCUGGGAUUUAGUAUAAGUGGUGGAAUAAGUGGACAAGGAAAUCCAUUCAAACCUUCUGACAAGGGUAUCUUUGUUACUAGGGUUCAGCCUGAUGGACCAGCAUCCAACCUGCUACAGCCUGGUGAUAAGAUCCUUAAGGCGAAUGGACACAGUUUUGUACAUAUGGAACACGAGAAAGCAGUAUUACUACUGAAGAGUUUCCAGAAUACAGUAGACCUAGUUAUUCAACGUGAGCUUACUGUCUAAAUAUUUUUUAUAAAUAGUAAACAUAUGUCUAGCCAGACCUAAUGUUCAAACAGAAAUUUAUACAUAGGAAACAAAUUUUGCCAAUUGCUGGACCAAUGGCAAACAUUAGUGCCAAAUGUAUAAUAUUAUAUGUUAGUACUGAUCAUCUUGAAAAAUGCUAACUAUAAAUAUGUUGGUCAUGUGA